AUGGCAUCAUCGGAAACUUUACACACCUCCAACACUAGUGAUUCCCAUAUAACUCAAAAAAAGACCGGAUUUUUCAAUAAGUUGAUCAAAAAGUCUAAAGAUCUGAAGGGUCUGUCCAAAACAUUAACUCAAUCUGAAUUAAAGUCAAUUUCACUGGCUAGUCGGAGAUCGAGCAUCAAAAAUGGUAAACGAGAUUCUAUAUAUAGCAAACAAUUUGUUGAUGACGAUAACUCGUCGUUAUAUAAUGAUGAUAUGGAUGAUAGUACCUCGAUAAUAGACGAUGAGACUGAUGACUCCAUGUUUGAAACAGUAGACAAUUCGGACUCGCCAGCAUCUUUUGAGAAAAUUGUCACAGGUAAUAAUUCAACAUUUGAUAAUCAUACGCUAAGUGAAAAGGUCAUGUUUCCUGCCAGUACUGAGGGAUUGGAUAUGGAUAUCCCUAUUGAUCAAGAACCGCCGUACGUUGGUCUUACCUAUGAAUCAUUUCUUAGUCCCAAAUACGUAAAAACCACUCGCAGAAAUAAACAGAGUCCGAGGGUUGUGAAUAAUUUGUUUUUGGCCCAGGAAUUGAAUGUCAAUGAGACGGCUGUUAAUAGUGGUGACGCGGAAGCUGAAACAGAAGAUGAGCACGACGGAUUACUGCAUGAUGAAGAUUUCGGAGGAGACACCAGAAGAGAAAUAUUUGUCAUGGAGUUUAGCAAGGAUGGGAAAUAUUUAGCAGCAGCAGGAAGAGACUCUGUCAUAAGAAUAUGGAAGGUUAUUUCGUCUCCACUUGCAAGAAUGGAAUUCAACCAACUCGAGAAGGAGAAUGGCCAACCACUACGCAGCAACAAACGAGAUAGUGUUUUUGAUACAGCACCGGUGUUCCAUAGACAGCCAGUGCGCGAGUUCAGAGGUCAUUCCAGCAGUGUGUUGUCAUUGGCAUGGAGCAAAAAUAAUUUUUUGAUUACUGGGAGUAUGGACAAGACUGUCAAGCUAUGGCACGUAGAUCGUGACCGGUGUCUUCAGACUUUUGAGCACGAAGAUUUUGUAACUUCGGUAAAGUUUCAUCCGCUGGAUGACAGAUUCUUUCUUAGUGGGUCUCUUGAUAACGGGGUUCGUCUUUGGUCAGUUUUAGAAAACUCGGUUUCGUAUAGUAAGAACUUGGGCGAUGAAGUGUUGAUUACUGCAUUAGAGUUUUCGCCUGAUGGUCUACAUUGUUUUGUUGGCGGAUUCAAUGGCUCUUUGUUUAUUCUUGAAACCAAGGGAUUGUUUGAGGUAUUUAGAGUAGAGAUCAAAGAGAGAUCAAUAGUUCAUCCAUUUGUUAAUAAAAAUGGUAAUAAAAUUACUGGGAUCAAAGUUUUCGAUAACAAUCUAUAUCAGGGCUCAGGUGUACCGGGUCAAUUGGACAAGUGGACUGUUUUGGUCACAACAAACGAUUCCAAGGUCAGAAUCAUAACCACUACGCAAAAAAGAUUAAUAACAAGAUUCCGAGGACUAACAAACAACUCGUCGUCGAUUGUUGCCCACAGCAGUGAUGACCAAAAAUACAUUAUUUCUGGAUCUGAAGACCACUAUUGUUAUAUCUGGGAAAACAACAAUUCAAUUAUCAAUAACAAACUCAAACAAUCAUUGAAGGAGUUUAUGAUUGAUGGUAAACAACACAUUUCAGACUUUCACCACAAGCACGAAAAAUAUUCAAAGUUUGUAUCGUUGAACAAAUUUUUGAACAAGUUCUUAGAGGAAGAUAAAGAUCGAAAGUACGACUUUGUGGCCAAUGAAAAUAACAGCUACACCUGCUUCCAUGCACAUCAUUCUCGAUGCAACGUCGCUAUUUUUGCGCCUGAGUCCACCAAAAAGCAUUUAUUGUUAUCAGACGAUUUGAUAUAUGAUCUCAAAAGACGUGGGGAAAGCUGUCGAAUCAGCCCAUCAAGCUGUUUCACUUGCAACUCAAAGAACCACAAACUUGAGGAUACUGUUCAGAGUGGCGAUAUCAUUGUCACCACUGACCAGUUUGGUUUGAUAAGGGUCUUCAGACAGGACUGUGCCUAUGCCUACAGAAGGAUGUUUAUUGAUUUUUACAGAAAGGGACAAAUUAAAAACUGUAAUGAUAUUCAACUGAUUACCCAAUCAGAAAAGACAUUGCCUAUAAGAAGAGCCUUGACACGUCGUGACCGAAGUACCUCUCGUAUUAGAGCUCCCAGCUUGAGUCCAGUACGACAGAGUGAGAAUUCGAAGAGUAUUAGAAACAUAUUGGCAUCAAAAAUCAACUCCUCGGUACCCUCCACACCCUCAUCGGAGACGUCUUUUUCAAGCACGAUCGGAAGUUCCAGUAUUGAUACACGGCAUUACCCUGGAGUAGCUGUACUUCCAAAGAAUCCAAUGUUGAGUAUAUCUGCAGCAGCUAGAAAUCCACUGUUUAUGCAGCCAGGUGUUUCAGUACCAAUAGACCACGAUAAUGUAGUGGAAGCAGACAGAACAGGAAGUGAUACCACGUUAGGUGCAGAAUCUGGUACGCAGACUCCCCAGCCUACUUUAAAUCAAGAUGAUAUGCAAUCAAGUAGAACUUCUACAGUACCACAAAUAGUGUUCUCGAAAGAAUCAGAGUCUCCAGAUGCCACAAAUAACAACCAUCAUUCACAACUUGAAGGGGUAAAGAUAAAUAGUCAAUCACAAAGUCGAGGCAGAACCAAAUCAUGA